UAACUUGGUAGUUGCGGGAAAGCGAUAUUUGGAUAAACCAACAAGGAAAUCUAAGGCCAGCUCGAUUAAGUCUUCUUCUUUUUCUUCCUAUAAAUUCCAUCAGCUUCCCAGUAUCCCUCCAUCAGUUUUUUAAUCCAAACUUACCCGAACCCUAAAAUUGGUUAAUCUCCCGUCCAUUUUCUUUUGAUCGAGUUUUGAGCGUCGAAAGGAUCUUUAUUAAAUGCAGUGAAGUCUUGAAGACACAAUGGAUUCUCGUAAUUUACUUCUUAGUAUUCUCUUUUAUGCCUUCAUUGGGAUAUGUUUGUUGUACCCGAGUUUUGUCAUAGGAGAAACAAAUGCUCAACCUGCUCACCUGAUUGUAAAUGCAUCACAAGGUGGCUCAAAGAUUCCUGACACUCUUUUUGGUAUUUUCUUUGAGGAAAUCAACCAUGCUGGAGCUGGCGGGCUAUGGGCUGAGCUUGUUAGCAACAGAGGAUUUGAAGCUGGUGGCCAGAAUAUUCCUUCCAACAUUGAUCCAUGGUCUAUUAUCGGGGAUGAGUCAUCGGUUAUCAUAUCAACUGACCGUUCUUCACUUUUCGAACGCAAUAAGAUAGCUCUUCGAAUGGAUGUACUCUGUGAGAACAAAGGCUGCCCAACUGGAGGAGUUGGAAUAUAUAAUCCUGGAUACUGGGGCAUGAACAUUGAAAACGGAAAGUCCUAUAAAGUGAUUUUUUAUACUAAGUCACUUGAUUCGGUUGACAUCUCAGUUUCGUUGGCCAGCACAAAUGGAUCGCAAAUCCUGGCUACCUCCAACAUCUUGGCUUCCUCUUCUGAAGUUUCAAACUGGAAAAAAGUAGAGCUUCAGUUGGAAGCCAAGGGAACAGACCAUUAUGCAAGACUUCAGUUGACAACAACUAAGAAAGGGGUAAUUUGGUUUGACCAGGUGUCAGCCAUGCCCGUGGACACUUAUAAGGGCCGUGGUUUCCGUAAGGAACUUGUUCAGAUGCUUGCAAAUCUCAAACCUCGUUUUAUCAGAUUUCCAGGUGGCUGCUUCGUUGAAGGUGAAUGGUUAAGAAAUGCAUUUCGCUGGAAAGAAAGUGUUGGUCCAUGGGAGGAGCGACCCGGACAUUUUGGCGAUGUUUGGAUGUAUUGGACUGACGAUGGGCUAGGAUAUUUCGAGUUUCUUCAAUUGGCGGAGGACCUUGGAUCCUUGCCGGUUUGGGUAAUCAACAAUGGAAUUAGCCAUCAGGACCAAGUAUCUACUUCCUCCAUCUUACCUUUUGUCCAGGAAAUGCUUGAAAGCAUUGAGUUUGCCAGAGGUGACGCAAAUACAAAAUGGGGUUCUGUGCGUGCUGCAAUGGGGCACCCGGAACCUUUCAACUUAAAAUAUGUUGCAAUUGGAAAUGAAGAUUGUGGAAAGAAAAACUAUCGCGGAAACUAUCUCAAGUUCUAUGAUGCUCUAAAAAGAUCUUACCCGGACAUCAGAAUUAUCUCAAAUUGUGAUGGCUCUUCUCAAAAGCUGGAUCACCCAGCCGAUAUGUAUGAUUUUCAUAUUUACACAUCUGCUAGCAGAAUUUUUUCUAUGAACCACCAGUUCGAUCAUACAUCACAUACUGGUCCUAAGGCUUUUGUGAGCGAAUAUGCUGUAACUGGAACUGAUGCUGGAAUAGGUAGUUUCUUAGCAGCAUUGGGCGAAGCUGGUUUCCUCAUUGGGCUUGAAAAAAACAGUGAUGUUAUUGAGAUGGCAAGUUAUGCACCACUUUUUGUCAAUGACAAUGACCGAAGGUGGAGACCAGAUGCGAUUGUCUUCAAUUCGUGGAAGCAAUAUGGAACACCUAGCUAUUGGAUGCAACAAUUCUUUGCAGAGUCCAGUGGUGCAACUCUUCUUAAUCACGUACUUCAGUCGAAUUUAUCAUCAUCUUUGGUUGCCUCUACUAUUAAGUGGAGAAGUUCAGAGGAUAACACCGACUACAUUAGAAUAAAGAUUGUCAACUUUGGAGGCGAAGCAGUGAAUCUUAAGAUCUCGCUGGAUGGAUUAACAAACUCAAAAUAUUUUACUGGAUCAACAAAAACUAUACUGACAUCCAAGAAUCUAAUGGAUGAGAAUUCAUUCACUGAACCAAACAAGGUGGUGCCAGUUCAGAGUCUAUUUGAAAAUGCAGGGGAAGAAAUGGAUGUAAUGCUUCCCCCACAUUCCUUCUCAUCUUUUGAUUUGUUAACAAAAUCGAACGAUCUCCUCAUUUCGAGUGUCGUUGAUCCUGUUUAUAAUUCUGCUGCUACUGCUUGAAAUAAAAUAAUUAAGUUAUAAGAAAAAUGGAGAAUAUUAUAUAUAUUAUCUUUUACCACAUAAUGAGAAGAGGCCACUCGUUUAGGGUCGAUUAAAUAAUAUCAAAAUCGUUAAGGAUCUGGGUUUCUUAGUUGCAUUACUAUCAAAAGACGCUAGCUGAAACUAUUACAGUUCCUAGCGUGUUGUUCAGUGGAAGAAAGUUUAUUUUGACAGUUCCUACUUCCUAGUGUGUUUAGAAGAAAAAAAGAUUAUAUCCAUUCUGUUGAAAAGAUGAAUUUUUAAGGAAAUAAACCCAGUAGCCUUCUCUUUUGCUGGGGGCUCUGCUUUUGAGUAUUGUUGCAAA